AAAACCAGUAGUUUGAGUCAGAGCUACCCAGAACUGCUAGAGAAGUCGUCAGAAACACCCUGUCGGUACAAUUUCAAAAACGCGAUUUUCCCUAUAUCAUAAACUCGAGGUCUGAGAUUCUGAUUGCACUCUAUUCCUGUGAUUUGAAAUUUCACUUCCAAUUUUUCACUUUACACAUUUGUUCUUCACAAUACAAUGUUAACCAGAGCCCUUCGUAGGUCAGCCUUGACAGCUGCUGCUGCCAAACGCUUCAAAUCCGUGUUAACGUUGUCAUCCACCGUUUCUUCAUACCCCAAGAGCCAUACCGAGGCAGGUGCUGAGCCCUACUUGACACCAUCUUUCGUGAACAACAAGCUCAUUAAGUCCGACUCGACCGAAUGGUUCGAUAUUCACGACCCUGCAACCAACAGCGUCGUACUGAAGGUACCCCAACUGACCCCUGAGGAAUUGGAAGAAGCCAUUGCUGCUGCCGAAGCUGCCUUCCCAAUCUGGAAAGAGUACUCCAUCAUCAAAAGACAGGGUAUCGCCUUCAAGUUUGUUCAAUUAUUGAGAGAAAAUAUGGAUAGAAUCGCUUCUGUCAUUGUCUUGGAACAAGGAAAGACAUUUGUUGAUGCCCAGGGUGACGUCUUGAGAGGCUUACAAGUCGCUGAAGCUGCCUGUAACAUCACCAAUGACUUGAAAGGGGAAACUUUGGAAGUAGCUACUGAUAUGGAAACCAAAAUGAUCCGGGAACCUCUUGGAGUUAUAGGAUCCAUCUGUCCUUUCAACUUCCCAGCCAUGGUUCCCUUGUGGUCACUUCCAUUGGUCUUAGUUACUGGAAACACUGCUGUAGUUAAGCCUUCGGAGCGUGUUCCUGGUGCUGCAAUGAUCAUUGCCGAGUUGGUGGCUGAAGCUGGUGUUCCUCCUGGUGUUCUUAAUAUUGUCCAUGGUAAGCACGCCACAGUGAACAAGUUGAUUGAAGACCCAAGAAUCAAGGCUUUGACAUUUGUAGGCGGUGACAAGGCCGGCAAGUACAUCUACGAAAAGGGAACGUCCUUGGGAAAGAGAGUACAGGCCAACUUGGGUGCUAAGAACCACUUGGUGGUACUUCCUGAUGCCAACAAAGAGCAGUUCGUCAAUGCUGUCAACGGUGCUGCUUUUGGUGCUGCAGGUCAGAGAUGCAUGGCUAUUUCCGUAUUGGUAACCGUAGGAAAGACCAAGGAAUGGUUAGCUGACGUAGCCAGAGAUGCCAAGUUGUUGAAUGUAGGCAGUGGAUUCGACCCCAAGAGCGAUUUGGGUCCUUUGAUCAACCCUGGUAGUUUGGAAAAGGCUCACGAUAUUCUUGACGAAUCUGUAAAGCAAGGGGCCAAAAUUCUUUUGGAUGGCAGAGGCUACAAGCCAGCCGAUCCAAAGUUUGCUAAGGGUAACUUCUUGGCUCCUACCAUCAUCACUAACGUGGGUCCUGGUAUCAGAGCCUACGAUGAAGAAAUCUUCGCUCCUGUAUUGGCUGUAGUCAACGUAGAAACCAUCGACGAAGCUAUUGAGUUGAUCAACAAAAACAAGUACGGAAACGGUGUUUCCAUCUUCACAUCGUCCGGUUCAUCUGCUCAAUACUUCACCAAAAGAAUUGACGUCGGACAGGUUGGUGUCAAUGUGCCCAUUCCAGUGCCUUUGCCCAUGUUCUCAUUCACAGGCUCUAGAGGCUCGUUCUUGGGAGACUUGAACUUCUACGGUAAGGCCGGUGUCACUUUCUUGACCAAGCCAAAGACCAUUACCAGCUCGUGGAAGUCCAACACCAUCGACAACCAGAUCUUGAAGCCUUCUACUUCCAUGCCAGUGCAGCAGUAAUCGUUAUUUAAUCAGGUUCAUAAAAUCUUUUGUAGAGCUAAUACAAAGUUUCAGGUUC